UCCGCGCCCCUCCCCCGCGCAGCGCUCAGUGCCAGGCGGGAGGCGGUAGCGGUUGGAGGCUUUGCCGGGUUUUGCGGUGGGGACUUCGGCAGCGGCGCCUCAGGCACCUCGGCCCCGACACGAUGAGGCGAGUGGUACGACAGAGCAAGUUUCGGCAUGUAUUUGGACAAGCAGUGAAAAAUGACCAGUGUUAUGAUGACAUCCGGGUUUCUCGAGUGACCUGGGACAGUUCCUUUUGCGCUGUCAAUCCCAGAUUCGUUGCCAUAAUCGUAGAAGCGAGUGGGGGAGGAGCGUUCCUUGUACUCCCUUUGCACAAGACUGGUCGAAUUGACAAAUCCUACCCCACAGUGUGUGGCCACACAGGACCAGUGCUGGACAUAGACUGGUGCCCACACAACGACCAGGUCAUUGCCAGCGGCUCGGAGGACUGCACUGUUAUGGUAUGGCAGAUCCCAGAAAAUGGACUCACCCUUUCCCUGACCGAGCCCGUGGUCAUCUUAGAAGGCCACUCAAAGAGAGUUGGCAUCGUAGCCUGGCACCCGACAGCCCGCAACGUGCUUCUCAGCGCAGGCUGUGAUAAUGCCAUCAUCAUCUGGAACGUGGGGACCGGGGAAGCCCUGAUAAACUUGGACGACAUGCAUUCAGACAUGAUUUACAAUGUCAGCUGGAACCGGAACGGUAGUCUGAUCUGCACAGCCUCCAAAGACAAGAAAGUGAGAGUAAUUGAUCCGAGGAAACAGGAGAUUGUUGCUGAGAAGGAGAAAGCACAUGAAGGAGCCCGACCCAUGAGAGCCAUCUUCCUGGCCGACGGCAAUGUCUUCACCACUGGCUUCAGUCGCAUGAGCGAGCGGCAGCUGGCUCUCUGGAACCCGAAAAACAUGGAGGAACCAAUUGCUCUUCACGAAAUGGACACUAGCAAUGGGGUUUUGCUACCUUUCUACGACCCCGACACUAGUAUCAUUUACUUAUGUGGCAAGGGCGACAGCAGUAUCCGCUACUUUGAGAUCACGGACGAAUCCCCUUAUGUCCACUACCUCAAUACGUUCAGCAGCAAGGAGCCGCAGAGGGGGAUGGGCUACAUGCCUAAGAGGGGACUCGAUGUCAACAAAUGUGAGAUUGCCAGAUUCUUCAAACUUCACGAGAGGAAGUGUGAGCCUAUUAUCAUGACUGUCCCCAGAAAGUCUGACCUUUUCCAAGAUGACUUGUACCCUGACACGGCAGGGCCCGAGGCGGCCCUGGAGGCGGAAGAGUGGUUCGAGGGGAGGAAUGCCGAUCCGCUCCUCAUCUCGCUGAAGCACGGGUACAUCCCUGGGAAGAACAGGGACCUCAAGGUGGUCAAGAAGAACAUUCUGGACAGCAAGCCCACGGCGAACAAGAAGUGCGACCUGAUCAGCAUCCCAAAGAAGACCGCAGAUGCGGCCAGUGGGCAAAAUGAAGCCAAGUUGGAUGAGAUUUUAAAAGAGAUCAAAUCUAUAAAAGACACAAUCUGCAAUCAAGACGAGCGUAUUUCCAAGUUAGAACAGCAGAUGGCGAAGAUAGCAGCUUGAAGGUCCACCCCACCCCCAAGAUGGGAGCAGGAAGGCGUGGUCCCGGGGAGGGCGAAGGGAGGCACUGCCUUUGGAGACAUUCCAUUUCAGAUCUGUCGACCAGCGACAGGCCACGUUCCCGUAAGAACUCAAUUCGUCUCCCAAAUUUGCAGAAACAAAAUGUGAUUUAAAAGCUGAGCUUUUUACCAGAAAACUUUUUUGAUGUUUUAAGUGUUAUGUGACUUGUGAACUUCUAAAAGACAAAAGUGCUACUUUGAAAAUCCCAGAUAUUCUGAAUUUUAGAAACCCAACCAAUUCUGAUUCAGUGUCCUGCCCAAGUACCUUUUCUUUCCUUUCUUUUUUUUUUUUUUUUUACAAAUAGGGACCAAUGCCACAUUGCUUUUUAUAUUUCUUUUUUUUUUAAUGUUGCCAAAACCAAAAGUAGCUUUUUUUUCUUUAUAUUUUGCUACUUUGCAGUAUUUGUGUGUGGGUUUUUUUUUUCUUUAAUUUGAAAGGGACAGCACUGUGUAUGUUUAUAAACUAAAUGAAGAUAAGAUAUUAUUUUGUAUAAACAUUCAUCUGAGAACAGAGCCGUAGCCACACGGUGCUGACUUCUCUGCAGCACAAACCUGGUCAUCUUAAUGACUGUACAAAAGGAAGACUUGAAAAAUCACGUGGAUUCGUAUUCCCACCCUUCCCCUCCCAUUGAGUCUUCUGAUCAAAAAAAAAAAAAGGCUCAUAUUGAAUCAUUUUCUUUCUCUUUUCUAAAAAUUGGGUGGUUGUACCAGAAUGGAAUUUUGCUUCUUGGUUAUCCUGUGCUUCAGAUGAUUAUAAUCUAACCUAAACUAGCAUGUGUUUCUGCGGUUUUGUUACACACAUAGAAACUAUUGCCUUCAUCCCUUUUGAUGUCAUAUUUCAGGUUUUGGUCAAUACUUGACAAGGGUGCCCAGGACAAGGAGCCACAGAUGCUGUGGAGUGUUCCUUCUUGUCAAUUUCAGCAGCUUACCCAAGGUUAGACGGGACACAGACCAGGGAACCCGGGGGGAGUGUUCGCCCCGCGUGUCGCCCUGCGUGGUCCUCUGCUUUCCCGCCUGUCCUGCACUGGGCAGCUUCCCACCCCCACCCCCAGCCAGCAUCCCUGCAGCUCCUGCCCUUCCUUUCUCCCUUCUGUAAGUAGCUCUCCCUCUCAGGGCUUCCCUCCUCUUGCGUUUCGGUCCUAACUGCAUUCUGCUAAGCUGCGGCCAGAGGGUGCUGUUGAAUACCGAGACUGAGAAGGGCCAAGAAGGAAGCAGACAUCUGCUGUAGCUUUGAUGGUGUCGUUUGUCCCUGUGCGCCCUCUACACAAACUCACCCGCGCCCCCUGCAGCGCCUCCAAGGCUGGGUCCAAACCCAGAGGCUGCCCAGUCCUGGGCCAGACAUUGAGCUUCCAGGCCUGCCCCGCUCCUGGGUUAGCAGGAACCCCUCUCCAUUUCCAUUUUCUCAGAGCACAUGCCUGAGGAAAAAAAAGGUGUAAGGAGCCCUUUUAGAAGAGCUGAGUGAUGGAAUAGGAAUCGUGCCAUGCCUUUGGGACCACGGCGGGGACACUUGGGCGUGUGUCUGCGGGUGUGGGGCCGGGCCGGGACUGGCUGGAAUAGUUUGUGAGCAGGGGGCCAGGCUGAAGCAGAGUGUGGCGUCGGUGGGGUGGAACACGUGUCCAAGCUGUCCAUGUGUCCACGUAGAAAAGGUACCAUGUUCUUAGCCAACCCUGGGAUUGCUGUCUCCGCAGUUUCAGGGUAUUUGAAUGUUUGGUGUGGUUUUGUGUGUACGUGUGUGCUUUAAAUACUCAAGUGGAUAAUGAGAUAUAAAGAAAACAAUAACUACAGUGGUUUAUAUUCAAGCUUGUAUGUGUUUCUUUAUCAACACAAUCUGCUGAAGACCUUCAUUAUUAAGAUUCAGAAAUGCUCUAAGGUUCCGAUACCCAGUUAAUUAAGUGAGCAAAAUUGUUGGUGGUGAAACACUGUCGGGAAUAUGGUUUGGAGAGACAAGGAGGCAGGAGCCGGUUAUUCUGACCUGAGUGUGUAGCUUAUGGCUUAUUUAAUGAACGGAUUCCCCGCCAGGCUCAGAGUUGGUGUUUGACGCUCUGUGGGUUAUUUUUCUUGUUUUGCCUUUUUUCUUUUUUUAAAUCCAAGCUAUCCGAGAGAAGACCCAGUGAAUUACUCCUAGAUCGGCUCUUAUAGAGCAGCCAUCGUAUUCUGUCGAAACACUUGCUUCCAUUUUAAAAGAUAAAAGAAAAAAAUUGAUUACAAAA